AUGGCAGACGUCAAGACCCUCGCCCCAUCAGACCUUUUAGGACCCAAGCCUCCUGAGACAGCGCUCGACUCUGACAUCUCGCUCGCCGCCAAACCCAAAGAUCUCCCCUUCGACCCGGACGCGCUGCGGAACAAGUAUAUCGAAGAACGCGACAAACGGCUCAAGUAUGGCCAAGCGAAAGGCGGCAUUGCCCAGUACCGGCUGGUCGAGCACGACGGGCCCUUUGCGCACUACCUCCGUGACCCGUGGGUCAAGCCCGGCUUCACACGAGAUCCCAUCGACGAGGAGGUCGACGUGGUGAUCAUCGGCGGCGGCUACGGCGCACAGCUCGUGGCCGUGCGGCUGAUCGAGGCCGGGAUGAGCAACAUCCGGAUCAUCGAGAAGGCCGGCGACUUCGGCGGCACCUGGUAUUGGAACCGGUACCCGGGCGCGCAGUGCGACAUCGAGUCGUACAUCUACAUGCCCCUGCUGGAGGAGCUGGGGUACAUGCCGACCGAGAAGUACGCGCGGGCCAACGAGCUGCUGCGGCACGCCGAGAUGAUCGGCCGGCACUGGAACUUGUACGACAAGGCGCUCUUCCAGACGGAGACGCACAGCAUGCGCUGGGACGACACGGCGUGCAUGUGGACCACGGAGACGAACCGCGGGGACAAGAUCCGGUCGCGCUUCGUGAUCCCAGCAGCGGGGCCACUGCACCGGCCCAAACUGCCUGGCUUGCCGGGCAUCGAGUCGUUCAAGGGCCACGCCUUCCACUCCUCGCGCUGGGACUACGACUACACGGGCGGCGACACGACGGGGAACCUGCACAAGCUGCGCGACAAGCGCGUGGGCAUCAUCGGCACGGGCGCCACAGCCGUCCAAAUCGUGCCGCACCUAGGCAAGUGUGCAAAGGAGGUGUACGUCUUCCAGCGGACGCCGUCGUCGAUCGACGUGCGCGGCAACAAGCCCACAGACCCCACGUGGGCGGCAGGGCUACAGCCCGGGUGGCAAAAGGAGCGGAUGGACAACUUCAACAUCAUUGUCAACGGCGGCAUCACGGACGUGGACCUCGUGCAGGACGGCUGGACGGAUAUCCUGCACAAGCUGCUCGCGCGGGCCGCGCCCACCAAGGAUGGCGAGCCCGUCGAUCCCGCCCGCGCGGCCGCGGAGCGCCAGAUCGCCGAUUACGAAAAGAUGGAGCAGGUGCGCGCGCGGGCCGACACCCUCGUCAAGGAUCCCGCCACGGCCGCGGCCCUGAAACCGUGGUACAACCAGCUGUGCAAGCGGCCGUGCUUUCACGACGAGUACCUCCAGACGUUCAACCUGCCGACCGUCCACCUGGUCGACACGGCGGGCAAGGGUGUCGACGCCAUCACCGAGACGGGCGUGGUGGCCAACGGCCAGCUGUACGAGCUCGACACGCUCGUCUACGCCACAGGGUUUGAACUCUCGACCGAGUACGCGCACCGCGCCAACAUGCAGAUCUACGGCCGCGGGGGCCGCACCAUCACCGACGCCUGGAAGCAGGGCACCCGCACCCUGCACGGCUGGACGAGCCGGCACUUCCCCAACUGUUUCUGGGUGCAGAUCGUGCAGGCCGCGCUGUCGCCCAAUUUCUUGCACGUCACGGGCGAGCAGGCCGAGCAUCUCGCGUACGUGAUUUCGGAGUGUACGAGGCGCGGCGUCGUGGCCGUGGAACCUACGAUCGAGGCCGAGGAAGCGUGGGUCGACACCAUCUUGAAGAUGGCAAAGUUGAGGGCUGACUUCCUCGCCGAGUGCACGCCCGGGUAUUAUAACAAUGAGGGAACCGUGGAUCCCGUGGUGGCCACCAACGCCAGCUACGGAGCUGGCGCGCCAGCGUUCUUGAAGCUGCUGAAGGAAUGGCGGGAUCUCGGUGACUUGGAGGGCUUGGACUUGAGGUAUGCCGAGUCUGCAUCACGGUCAGAACCAGCGGUGCAGGAGGCCAUACACGCGAAUCUGUGA